GCUGGGUGCUUGGCGCGUGCGUGGAUGCGCGCACGCGCCCACGUACGUACGCGGCCACCAGGCGGAGAUGCUCAACCGCUCCUGUUAUUAACGUUAUUAACGUUAUCUCUCGCGUCACUCGCCUCCAGGAACGAGACGGCACCCAACACCCGCACCACCACCACCACCGCUGGCUUCGAGGGAACGUGGCGGGCACAGGUGCACCCACCCGGGCCGUGAUUUCGACGGCUGCGGCGACAAAGUUGCGAGAGCAGCAAGUAUGUCGCCAUUGUGAACCGAGUAGUGAUGGGAUUCCUCCGCCUUCUGCCCUCCGAGCGAGGUUGAGUUGAGUCUGUGUGUUGGAGAAGAAUGACUGGAUAAGUCCAAAGCAGAGAUGCUUUCCAGAUUUUUGGGCGGCUUCUCCGACGACCUAACAGCUCUCUAAAAGCAACCCAAUUGGCAAACGUCAGACCUGCAACACUUGAGGAACAGCGAUCGAUGGAGGCCAAAGCGAGGCGGCAGGAAGAAGCGCCGCCGAAAGACUCGGAGACGGAGGACGACGCCGCUUCCGGCCACACAUGCGGCGUGUGCGGCCGCAGCUUCCCGCUCCUCAGCUCGUUGUCGCAGCACAUGCGGCGACACACCCGCGAGAAGCCCUACAAAUGCCCCUACUGCGACCACAGGACCGCACAGAAGGGAACCCUCAAGGCACACAUCCGGAGCCACAAGCUGGGCCUGUUCGGCCUUGGCGACCGGCAGGCCGAAGCGGAGAUAUCGGACACUCCUGAGAUGGGGAAGAAGAAAGCGAGCAAGAAAAAAGAAAAAGACUUGGAGACUGAGGAAUUGGACGCCUGGCCCUUUUCCUGCAGCGUAUGUGGCCAACACUUCCCCCAGGUGCCGUUACUCAAGUCGCACAUGAAGCAGCACCGCAGCACGCAGGACCACGGCUGUCGCAUCUGCGGCCGCCGCUUCCGCCAGGCGUGGUUCCUGCAGAGCCACAUGCGCAUCCACCGAGUGAAAGCGCAGUUGCGGGGCGGCAAGAGCGACGAGCCGCCCGCCACCAUCAACGGCGUGGCGCAGGACCCCGCCGUGCUCGCCAAUGACGAGUGCCUCUACGAGCUCUGCGGUUACUGCGGCCACUUCUUCAUGGACCGCAAGACCUUGCGCACGCACGAAAGUUUACACAAACACUGCCACGAUGCAGCACAAGACCGCGAGGGCUCGCAAGUGACCAAGAACCGUUUUCUGGAAAGCCUCAGCCUCACUUGCGUGACACUGAAGGACGCCCAGGCGGACAGAAAUCUGGGCCGGAGAAUCCCGGAGUUGGAUCCCGUGUGCAGCUUCCAGGCUUGGCAGUUAGCCACAAGGGGGCGACUGGCGGAAACUGCAGAGAGAUCCCUGGGCUGGGAGGAACGACUAGCCGGCGCCGAGGAGGCGGCGUAUCACACGGCGAAGGGCGAAUACAUCCCCGCUAAGCCAGAGAAGAAGAGGAAGCCCAGCGACGUCCCCGCUUCCAGCGCCAAAAAGAAGAAGGGCGAUACCGGCCUCGAGCAAGCGGAUAAGGACAAGAAGAGCUGCCAGAAAGAUCGCAUCUUGCUGAAUGGACUCGGGCAAGCCUUUUACGAGGCGUUGCAACACAGAGCCGAGAAGGACAAACGCGUCAACCGCAAUCAAGAGCAGGAAGACGAGAAGCCUUUGUUGUGCGAGCACUGUGACUUCCACACUGCGGACGCCUCGCUACUCAGGUCUCACGUGCAUGCGCAGCAUCACGACGGGAAACAGCGCGCCGCCUCGGGCAAAGCGGCCACCCAAAGUAGUUCCAAGGCCUCCAGGUACGUGGACUACCUCAGGAAAAGGAGCGCUCUGCUUUGUCAGCCAUAUUGGAACCCUUACCCCGGCCUGCCUGGUGAGUUGAACAUCAAAACGGAGACGAUGGACGACGGGGAAAUAAAGACGGGCAGCCAUUCGGGCAGUCUUCUCAACUUGUCGGCACAGACGGACAAGAAAGGACAGGACUCUGUUCUAAAAGAAGCUCUGCCGAGGCAUCAAUGUCCGUAUUGUUCCCACGCUACGUUCUACCCGGAGGUGCUGUGGAUCCAUCAGCGGGUCUCGCACAGGGUGGGCAACAGCAGCUCGGCGGCCCCCAAGUGGGCGCCGUGCACUAACGGCGUCCGGGGUCCAAAGACAUCCCAGUGGAGGCGCACGGGAGCCCCGCCGUUCCUCGAAGGGAAAGACUGCCCGACGUUGCCCGCGCCCAGAAGCCGCCGCACGCAACCUCCAGCCGGCAGCGGCACUAAGCGGGCGAUCGCUAAGAGCCAAUCAGGUGCCAAGUCCAAGCCACCGGCGAAGGACGCCAAAACCGCAGAUUCGCGCGUGAGGGUGAAGUCCGAACAGAAGCAGUCGGCGGAGAGCGCCAGCAAAGCGAGCGCGUCCGGCAGAACGGCGGCGGAGGGAAACUUCCCAAAAGAGGGCCUGGGCUUCAUGUUGAGUCAUGGCGGGGCGUCGACCAACUCGGAUCGACACCUCUCCCAGAGGGUCCCCGCCCUGAGUCCCAAAGGGGCCGACCUGUGGGCCGCCAUGAGCAUGUGGGGCCACCGGGCCUACUUGGAACCGCUGCUUUACACUCAGGCGAAGAGCGACGCUGCCGCCGUGGCGGACGCGCCCCCGGACUUUGACGCGGUGAGCCUCCUGAAGAGCUACGGUCCUCACGAGCUGGCGGCUCUUUACCAGCAUUGGGGUUUUGUCGACCCGAGGCUGGACCCGCAGGCAAUGUUACGGCUCAACGGACAUUUUGCAAAUGAAGUCCAUCCCUCCUCUGAAGCCUCCAAGCAAGUGACCAGCCGCUCCACUUCCACCUCGGGGUCUCUUCAUAAAGGAACGUGAAGACCAUCCAAGACAAGGCGGCUUCGUGGUCCACUGGUUCGUGUGUCGGCCUCCCGGUGCAGCGGCGCAGGGUUCAAGUCCAACUCCGGCGUGCCUGCAUGCGUUGUCUCCAGGUACUCCGGUUUCCUGCCACAUUUCAGACUUUCAGAGGAGGAGAAAACGAAUGGUUGUUUUAUGCACCUCCACUCGUCUGAACACAGCAUUCUAAUUAAGAUGAGUUAAGCCAUUCGCUUUGAUCCAUCUCACGGGCCGGCCAUCUUGCCACUUGCUGUCGACUGAAAAUGAUGUCAAGUCACGACCAAUGGUGGCGCACCUUCGGUGCACACGUGAACUGUGAUUGCUCGUCACCUGAGCGAAUGUGAAGUUAUUUUCAGUCGACAACCAGUGGCAAGAUGGCCGGCCCGCGAGAUGGAUGACUCAUGUUCCUCGAAUGCUGCGUUAAGAGUUAACGCUGUGAAGGUGCGUCGAACAUUUUGGGCUUGAUUUACUUGUAUGGUGGCGCCGCCAUGUUGUGCGUCCAUGUUUGUUCGCUUGAUUCAAAGCACGUGAACAGAGCCGUGGCCGACAGCUCCUCAAAGCUUAACUUAACAUGUUGCUCACAGUCCAUUGAAAAAAAGUUUGUCAGCAUCGCUUUUGUCUGAAUUGUCGGUGCAAAAGAAAACUGGAAUUUUGUUCAUGGGACACAGAACAAAAAUGAUGUAAGAUUGAAUUCUAAUCUUCAAACUGAAUUUCCACCAGCCCGAAAGCUUUGAUUUGUCGGAAAUGUUCCGCUCCAAAGACGUCUUUGUAUUUUCGGGUCACUCCUCAGCUGAUGUCUUGUGUUUGCAGACUUAUUUAGUGUGUUUAUACUUGUAGUUUUGUAUUCAUUUGUCCCAUAGACAAAAUGUGUUUGUACCAAAACAAAAAGCCAUCAAGUUUGUGGGACGUGAGAGUGACGGGUUCUGACAUUGUUUUUUUUUUUUUGGUAAAUAAUUUGUUCAAGAUAGUCUUAAUUGUUUGUUCAUUCCAAGUGGAAUUGAAACACUCCAAGUCAUAGGAGUCUAACUCUGGUUCUUGAGGGCCAAAGCUUUCCUGCAAGUUUUCCAUCGUUUCCUGCUGCAAUCCACUUGAUUCAAACGAUCAGAUCAUCAACAAGCGCUGGAGGAGCCCGAUCCUGAUCCUGAUCAUUGGAAUCAAGUCAACUCAACUGUAUUUAUAGAGCACUUUCAAACAGCCAUCGCUGCAUACAAAGUGCUGUACAUGGAA